ACAGAGCUGGCAGUGCCUCAAGAACUGUGCCCCUCUGUCCUAGGGAAUUACAGGGGGUCUUAUAGGUGGAACCCGCAGUCCAGGGUAAGUGAAAAGGAUCAAAGUGGUGAAUGUCUUGCAUUCUUCUUCUUGCAAUAUUUUAAAACAGUUACUGCUGGCGUCAGGCAGCCUGGUAAUUGGGUCUGUUCAUCUCUGGGUUAUCGGCCUGCGACCUUCUUUCUGAAAUGUAAACAGCUAAGAGGGGUGAUUUGCUACAAGAGAAUGCAGCAAGAGUAAGUGCCAGGUGCAGGGUACAAUUCAUAUGGAAUCAGAGAGUAAUUAGUUUUGCUUAGCUUUGUGAAGGACAAGUCUAGCUACAAGUGUUUGUUAGUAGUAACAGCUAAAGUAUAACCAAGAUUGAUUAAUUCUUUCAGGCCUGUUUAUGCUGUUUCCCCAGCCUGCUCAUUGUUUCUUAUUUUCCUUGUUUAUCAGAAGAGUCUCAUUUCUAUUUUUGCUGCAACAGUAACAGUCUUUUGUGGUUUGUGAUAGUACAAAACUGAAUAUAGCACAACCGUCCAUUACUCGGGGCUCACUAAAUAAACGAGGCUGCUUCCUCUUCCGAGCAACCUAAGGAGAGGGUAGAUCCACGUGACCCGGAGUCCAGGAUGCGUCAUCGAGUGCGAACAGCCACAAUUCACCAACUCUGCUACCACUUAUAUUUUUUAAAAGUGCGAGUCUCUACAGGAGUGUGCAACCGAGCUGUGAAAGGCCAGGCUUCCGAGAAGGAGUGGCGUGUACUCUGGAGGCGCGGAGACUUGUAACUAGUUAAUUAAUUCAACAAACGGACCCUUCUGCGUAUCAGAAACUGCAAGGAGUUGCUAGCCCAGUGGGGCAGGCGGACUGGAAGACCAGGAAAGGCCAGGCCCCGGGCAGUGUGACACUGCCCUCUGUGACCAUGAAACUCUGGGUAUCCAUGUUGCUGGUGGCCUGGUUUGGUGUCCUGGGCUGUGUGCAGGCUGAAUUCUUUACUUCUAUUGGGCACAUGACAGACCUGAUUUAUGCAGAGAAGGACCUAGUGCUGUCCCUGAAGGAGUACAUCUUGGUGGAGGAAGCCAAGCUCUCCAAGAUUAAGAGCUGGGCCAACAAAAUGGAAGCCCUGACCAGCAAGUCAGCUGCUGACCCUGAAGGCUACCUGUCCCACCCUGUGAAUGCCUAUAAACUGGUGAAGCGGCUAAACACAGACUGGCCUGCGCUGGAGGACCUUGUCUUGCAGAACUCAGCUGCAGGCUUUAUUGCCAACCUGUCAGUGCAGCGACAGUUCUUUCCCACUGAUGAAGAUGAAACGGGAGCCGCCAAGGCCUUGAUGAGACUUCAGGACACAUACAAACUGGACCCAGACACAAUUUCCAAAGGGGAGCUUCCAGGAACCAAGUACCAAGCAGUGCUGAGUGUGGACGACUGCUUUGGGAUGGGCCGCUCGGCCUACAAUGAAGGAGACUAUUACCACACAGUGCUGUGGAUGGAACAGGUGCUGAAGCAGCUCGAUGCAGGGGAGGAGGCCACCACAUCCAAGGCCCAGGUGCUGGACUAUCUGAGCUAUGCCGUCUUCCAGUUGGGUGACCUGCACCGUGCCCUGGAGCUCACCCGCCGACUGCUCUCCCUUGACCCGAGCCAUGAACGAGCUGGAGGGAAUCUGCGCUACUUUGAACGGUUGUUGGAGGAAGAAAGAGAAAAGAUGUUAUUGAAUCACACAGAAGCUGAGCUAGCACCCCAGGAAGGCAUAUAUGAGAGGCCUGUGGACUACCUGCCCGAGAGGGAUAUCUACGAGAGCCUCUGUCGUGGGGAGGGUGUCAAACUGACACCCCGAAGGCAGAAGAGGCUUUUCUGUAGGUACCACCAUGGCAACGGGACACCACAGCUGCUCAUCGCCCCUUUCAAAGAGGAGGAUGAGUGGGACAGUCCACACAUCGUCAGGUACUACGAUGUCAUGUCUGACGAGGAAAUCGAGAGGAUCAAGGAAAUUGCAAAACCCAAACUUGCACGAGCCACUGUUCGUGAUCCCAAGACAGGUGUUCUCACUGUUGCCAGCUACAGAGUUUCCAAAAGCUCCUGGCUGGAGGAGGAUGACGACCCUGUUGUGGCUCGGGUGAAUCUUCGGAUGCAGCACAUCACAGGCCUAACAGUAAAGACUGCAGAAUUGUUGCAGGUUGCUAAUUAUGGAAUGGGAGGACAGUAUGAGCCACACUUUGACUUCUCUAGGCGACCUUUUGACAGCGGCCUCAAAACGGAGGGAAAUAGGUUAGCGACGUUUCUUAACUAUAUGAGUGAUGUGGAAGCUGGUGGUGCCACUGUCUUUCCUGAUCUGGGGGCUGCACUUUGGCCUAAGAAGGGCACGGCUGUAUUCUGGUACAACCUCCUGCGGAGUGGGGAAGGUGACUACCGAACGAGACAUGCUGCCUGCCCCGUGCUUGUGGGCUGCAAGUGGGUCUCCAAUAAGUGGUUCCAUGAACGAGGACAGGAGUUCUUGAGGCCAUGUGGAUCAACAGAAGUUGACUGACAUCCUUUUCUGCCCUUCACCUCCCUGGCCCCACAGCCCAUGUUGUCUUCAAGUUCAACGUGACAGACCCCCUCUACUUUCCAGCCCUUGUCAGGCGGGUCUUUGGAGGCGUGAAUGUUUGUCUGGAGCAGAGAAGGUCCUGGGGAAGGUCCUGGGUGACUUGGGUGACCUGGGUCCCAGCCUCACCAGUCAGCUAUCUCUGGCCGCAAGGGUAGGGUUGGAGCAGAGUCAGGUGGUCUAGCACCUAGCAAGGUGCUUUUGUACCUCAGUGCUUUAGGUGUGAGAUGUUUCAGUGAACCAAAGUUCUGAUACCUUGUUUACAUGCUUGUUUUUAUGGAAUUUCUAUUAAUGUGGCUUUAACCAAAAAAUAAAAUGUCCCUGCCAGAAGCCUUAAA